AUGGAAUAUAUUGGUUAUAUGGUUAUAUUACUGUUUUGUUGUGUUAACACAGCACAUCUACUAAAGUACCAACACAAUCAUGAUUGGGAUCUAUUAAUUUUUACACAACAAUGGCCUGAAACUGUAUGCAAAGAAUGGGUACAUCACAAUCCAUCGCACACCUGCAAAAUGCCCAAGAAGGAAGAUUCCUGGGCGAUCCAUGGUAUUUGGCCGACAAAGCUAGGCACUCUAGAUCCUUCAUUCUGCAAUAGGACUUGGCUCUUUGACCCUGAAGAAAUCAGACCUAUUGAAACAGAUCUAAUUAAUGUUUGGACCAAUAUUGAAGAAGGUACUGGUAUAUACUCAUUUUGGGCACAUGAAUGGAACAAGCAUGGUACCUGUGCUGCCGUAUUAGAACCACUCGACACACAGUAUAAGUAUUUCUCCAAAGGCCUUAAUUUCUUUCAACAAUAUGACAUGUCUGCAGUUCUAGCUAAAUCAGGAAUUGUCCCAGAUGAUGAUAAUGAAUACAAACUUCUUGAUAUCUACAAUGCUGUAAAAAAUACAUUGGAGGUCAAUCCUUCAAUUCAGUGCAGAGUAGAAGAAGGUAAGUCAUUUUUGGUCGAAAUAAGGAUAUGUUUCGAUAAGACACUGAAUCUAACCAAUUGUGAUGGCAUAAAAUACAGCAGAACAGUUAAUCAAGUACCUGUCAUAACCAACUGUGACCCUUCCAGUGGUAUCUUGUACCCUCAUAAUAAGUUACCACCAAAGAAAAUUUAUGUGGAGCUUUAUAAACUGGUUUCAUGGCUACAAUGGUUAACUUUGUAA